AUGAGUGAUUCCAGGAGCUAUUAAGCCUGUUGCUCCAUCAUGCACCCAAGAACAGGAUGAGUCUCUACUGUGGACCACUGGAGUGGAGUGAUGGAGACUACCUGCCCCGGAGCUAAAGGGCCUGAUUUCUUGUUCCAGUGAGGCCACUAGUCCUGACCUUGAGCAGGUCACUCAGCCAGAGCCUCAGUGCCCCUAUUCUGCAAAAUGGGAGGGAGAGUAAAUAGCCCCCAGGGCCCCUUUCCCAGGCUAAGUCCUCUGCGACAGUGACCCCCACCCUGGGCUGAGAGCUUGCCCAGUGAGGAGGCUGCAGUGCCUCCACUCCUGUUUCCAUGGGGACGGAGGCGGAGCUUAGCUGAGCUGUGCGAAUCCUGGGGGCUCUUCCAGUUCCAUCGGCAGCAGUCUGGAGCAAAGAUGCUGCCGAACUGUAAUGGUUUGGGCAUCGAGGCUGGGCCCUUCGCCCUCCCGGAGGGGGGGCACUAUGCCAUGGAGGUCCGCAACAUGAGCCGCGGUAAUGGGGCCCCGGCUAUGUCACUGCCAGAGCUCCGCUGCAUCCUGGCCACUGACCGGGACCGGGUCCGGCUUAUUGACGUGCGCUCUCGAGAGGAGUCCUCCACCGGGACCAUUCCUGGGGCACUCAACAUUCCGGUGUCAGAACUGGAGAAUGCCCUUCUAAUGGAGCCAUCUGAUUUCCAGGCUACAUACUUUGCGGAGAAGCCAAAACCAGAAGAAGAGAACCUAGUCUUCUUCUGCCAGAUUGGCAGUGAUGAUUGCCAUGUCAUGCAAACUGCCCGGGAGCUUGAAUACUUGGGGGCUAAUUAUGAAGAUGCCUACAGGGCAUGGCAAGCAAAGGAGGAUUAAUUAGGAGGGCCACCAAUACCUUCCUUCCCUCAAUAAUCUUUCUAUAUAUGGGUUCAGAGCUGUUCCCACAAGGUAACCUAAUAAAGAGUAUUUAAUGGAAAAA